ACCAGCAGCGCCGUGCGCAUGUUGUUGUUGUUGGCGAAACGCCAGGAAGGUUUACACCAGCACAGCCGCGGCUUUAAAUCAGUGCAACACCAGCGGCCACGGGCAACGGACUUGAAACUUGAAAAGUGAUUCGAGCGAAUACAAAACGUACGAUUGCAAGCAUUGUUUGCGGAAAAAAUAUUAUAUAAUCGAAUGCUCAUUACAAGUGUUUAAUUUGAAUCGGCUGUGGUGCAAAAAGAGACAGCCGCCAGCGCGGAGAAUCGAGAACCGACGUGUACGCCGCGCACUGAAUGCAAAAUCAGUUAUUCAAUUGUUGUGAGCGCGAUUAAGGGAAACCAUUGAAUUUAAAUAAAUAUAAUUCAAUUGCGCAAAGGAAUUCCUGUAUUUGUCUUUUGUAUUUGCCGGCAGCGAAGCCAACAAAUUAAUUCAAUCCGCGCUCACACACUCGUCCCAGCAACAAACACACAGCACACACUCACAAUCACGCAUAGCGCACCGAAAUGUUGCUGAAAUUCCUAUCUCUGGCAUAUGUGCUACACUUGGCAGCCGCCACGCCGCAGCUUCUCACCUUCAGAGACGGCAAAUUUGGCGUAAAUUUUGGUGGUUAUCACGCUGAGGCGGGUCUGGGUGGUCUACUCACUGGCGAUGCAGCGCAUGGCGGCCUAAGCGCUUCGGCUGGUACGCCGUUCGGGCAAAGAGCUGGUGCUGGCUUGGGAGGCAGUGUGGAUGGAAAUGCCGCUGGCGUGUUGUAUGCCGGUGCUGAGGCCAAUCCACAGACCGGUGCUGGAGCGAUUCUUGGCGGAGAUACCAGCAGAGGAGGUUUUGCGGGUUCACAAGCUUUUUCCGGCAGUAGAACCGUGGCAAGCACGAAAAACCACAUCUUUCCGGGAGCUUUCAGCAAUCAAGUGGACGCAGUAACUAGCGGCCCCAGCGACACAACACAGUAUGAUGGCAUACAAAAGGUCCGACCACCGAAAAAGUAUCUGAUUAAACCGAGUUUAUACUUCGAGAAGGAGUACAGCAAUAGCGCUAAUAAGAAUCCCAAUAAUUCCGACCGCAAGACCACUGACAACCGCCAUGCCACCAGCACCGACAUCCUUAGUCGUGGUGAUGACAUUUCAAACGCUGCAACAGGCAACGUUAACGGUGACAGCGAUGACGUCAACGAUGGCACCGCCGCUGCUUCCACUGCCGGAGAAAAACCUAAAUACGACGCGAAACCAAUUGCUACAUAUGUUCCCGUUGUACAACACUCUGCAGGAGCACCAAGCGGCAGCGACACCACAGACAGCGUGGAGAAAGCCGACAGCCAGCAGCAACUCAGCGACACACUACAGCGAGCCGUCAGCGCCGAGCAUGCUGCUGCGCUACCCACCAUCGUUGUGAGCAGGCAGCGCUUGCGCCAAAAGUCACGCACCCGACCCAAUAAGCGUGAGCGCCAACUGCAGCGGCAACGCGAGCGCCUACUGCAAACACAGCACACGCUAAGGACGACCGAGGCCGGAGUUGGCGCGCCAGAUGCGCCGCAUGCAACACAAACCAAACACCAACAAUCAGUUGUUGCUGUGCAACAACACUCGCAGUAUGCUGCUCAAGCUAGCGCCAGUGCCAACGCCAACGCCAACAGUCACAACAACGCAGGUAGCGGUGUCGCACAUUCGAAACAACUGACCAGGCAAGUGGAGAAGAAUCAAUUCAAUUUUGCUACGCCAUCCCCGCUACCCGACAUCAACCUGAACGUCGGCCCUGCGGUUGUAACCAGUGCCCUGAACAUACCGAUUGGCAUUUUGCGUUCUCUGCAAGAGUCUUUGGGUGGACUCGCUACUGCCAAACAGGGAGCGUCUGCAACAAUUAACUAAGCUCCGAAUUUCGAUUUAUAUUUACAUAUGUGCAUUAAGGAAUUAUCGACUUUGUAUUUAAAGUAAUUUUGAAAAUUCAAAUAAAAUGUGCAAAUUCCGCAAGUAAGUUAUUCCCGUUA